ACGAGAGUUUCUAACGAGAGUUUCUAACGAGUUUCCGAAAAACCGAAACUGAAACCAUGCUGCAUGAACUUCGCUCAACAUGGAGAACAACUACUAUAUUGUUGUAAAAACUCAUAAAGGGGAAGUGAAAACUAUCUUCGUUUCCAACUCCGAGGAUGAGUUCAACAAAACAACUAUUUUGGCUUUCAAAGAAAAGAUUCUGGAAGCAUUUUCGUAUACUCCUGAUCAGAUCAGAAUAAUAUGCCAUGGUUCCCAGCUUGAGGACACCGACACUUUUGCCAUGCGCAAGAUCAAGAACGAGGACACCUUCCAUCUGUGUCUCAGAUUGCGUGGAGGGCAACUUCAACCGGAUGAAGAGAGUAAAGACAGGCGACACAGCCGCGACUUAACCCUAUCCCCGGACUUUUAAUCAUGUCUUUCCUGUCUUAUUUUUAGUGUGGAGAAUUAACCUAAUAUUUCCCUAUUUUCCUAUCUGUGUAUUCAGGUUAUCAUGUUCUUAACUUUAUUAGGUUCAGAUUUCUAAUUUCUAUUUUAUAUAUACACAACGGAUAUAACAUAAAAAGAAGAAUAUUCUUUUUC